UUUUGGCCCAGCUUAGAGCGGCGUCUCCGAUUGUGGCAAUGGCCGGCCGUAGCCGAGGUCUGACUCGGCCGGCAUUGCUUCUGCUCGGCGCACUGGUGGGGCUCUCAAUCAGUCCAGCAGUCCAGGAGCUGGUCUCGCGGGCAGAGGUCCUAUGGGGGCACGCGUUCACUCCGAGCCGCGCCUGGGGCAAGGGGCGAGAAGUGGCAGUGGCGAGGGCAGCCGUGGCGGACUGCACGACAGUGCAAGAGCUGGAUGAUGCAAUCGCGAACACUGCCAAGGGGGAGCCCAAUGUGUUGAUCGUGGGCUUUUCCACGACCUGGUGCGGCCCUUGCAAGCUGAUGGAUCCAAAGGUGAAAGAGCUCAGCGAGACCUUUGAAGGAAGAGCGACUUUUCUCAAGGUCAUGGGCGACAAGGACCCGGAAAGCAUGCAGAUCAUGAAGCGGGAGCAGGUCCGAACGGUGCCGCUGUACCAAAUCUACAAGGAUGGUCAGAAGGUCGGCUCUGUGUCUGGCGCUGAUGCAGACCGCUUGACCAGCAAAAUAGAGCAGCACACUGGAAUGAAGGCCACUGAGCCCAGCAACAGCUGAGCCAUUGGGAGGAAUGGUUCUGGUUUGCAAG